AUGCAUGAUGCGAUCAUCGUCGAACGCCUGUUCAGUUCUUCACUGAUCGUCAUUGUCUCUCAGAAAGAGCCUCGCAUAAUGAAUAUUUAUCACUUUAAAAGCAAGAAUAUGAUAUGUUGUCAUAAGUUUACGAAAUCUGUGCUUAACGUCAAACUGAACAGAGAUCGGGUCGUCGUCUGUCUUGAGGACUGUAUACACAUUUACGUGUUGAAGGAUAUGAAGCCACUCCAUACUAUAUUGGACACACCAUUGAAUCGACUUGGUCUAAUCGAUCUUUCUCCUGCAGGAAGCUCUUUGAUUGCGUAUCCAGCGAGUUUGGAAGCAGGAAGUGUGCACAUUUUCGACUGUAUGAAUUUAUCAGCGGUGAACACCUUCACUGUUCAUGACGGCCCUCUCGCUUGCCUCAGAUUUAACAUAGAAGGUACAAUGCUUGCAACGGCUAGCACUAAGGGGACAGUAAUUCGAGUCUACAGCGUCCCACAAGGUACAAGGCUGUUCGAAUGUGUAACCAUCUAUUCACUUGCCUUUUCUGCCGACUCAACGUAUCUGUGCUCAUCAAGUAACACUGAGACGGUUCAUGUUUUUAAGCUGGAUAAGUCAGAAGACCAGGAAAAGAAGGCCGGGUGGUUCGGUUAUUUAACCCAAGCGGCGUCAAGCUAUCUUCCUGCUCAGGUGAACGAGCUUAUGACUGUUGAGCGAAGUUUUGCUACCGCCAUUCUACCAGGAUCUGACAAAAAGAAUGUGGCUGCUAUGCCGACGAUCAAAGGACAACCUCAUCUACUCGUGGCUACCACCGACGGAUUCCUGUAUUGCUAUCGUGUGCUAAGUUCUGGAGGUGAAUGUGACCUUGUGAAAAUGCAUCGUAUCGGUAUCAGUGCUACCGAUACAAGUAGGGGAGAUCCAAGUAAGAUAUCACUUCUUAUAGUUGAACUCAUUGCUGGCAUAUAUCGAUUUUCAUCAGAUCGACCCAAGCCAGCCGAAAGUAGCGCUCGAGUGCCAGAUGCAAAUGAUCCCGAAGAUUUUCCUCCUAUUUGUCACACGACAGGGUAG